AUGCUUUAUACAAAAAAAGAACGAAAUGCAUCAUUGAAAAAAUCGUGUAAUUUAUCAAAAGUCAUAUUACUUCAGAUUAUUGAUUCUCCUGUAGCUAUUAUGGCUGAACAAAUAUAUUUAGUCAAUCCAACAACUGGCAAACGUUUUCGUAUCGGUGGCUGCAAGCUUAGUACAACACCAGCUGAUGAACCAAAAUUUGCAGCUUCGCGGAUGUUUGCAGACAAAGACCUACCUCCAUUGGUUGAUUUAAGAUCAAUGAUGACGGCGGUUGAAAAUCAAAAAGAGACCAAUGCAUGGUUAGUACCUUGUUAA